AUGGGUCCUAAAAAACAAGGUAAACCGACACCGAAGAAUGUUCCUCAUAUAGAUAAUUAUGCAAGAAUAUCAUAUUUAUAUCAGGCAUCAAGCCAUUUUGCAGCUACGCCGAAAUAUGGGAUCCUAUCAAGAGCAAUGGCCAGGAAUGUUAAUUUGAUUUCUAAGAAAUCGGUGACAAAACUCUCACCAGCAUUGAAAAGAACGAUAUGCAAAGGGUGUCAAACAUUAUUGGUUCCGGGUGUCAAUGAAACUAUAGAAAUAGAAAAUAAAUCAAAAGAAAAAGCACCACAUAAUGACUUGUUGGUUCAUUCAUGCAACACUUGCGGCAAGAAAAAGAGGUUUCCCAUUGGGAUAAAUAGGGCAUAUGAGUUGUUCAGUGAAAAGGACGACAAAAAAUCCGACGAAGAAUGA